UUACUGUCUAAAAAUCCCAUCUUAUUCGGACCCUACUUCUGACCCGAAUCCGUUUUUCAUUCUUCCUCUGAAGCUUCCACUGUUCGUUCAUGGCGUCUCUUUCAGUCGUUGAAUUUUGAAUAUAAUACAUAGUUAGUAAGCAACCCUUUUGGAUUCUUAAGCUUAAAGUAACAUUUCUUUCUUGAUUAAACCUUUCUAACUUCUCACCAAACACUUUCCCCAACUAACGCUUUUUUCUUCAAAAAUCUUCAAACCCCACUAUUCUUUUCCAUUGCUUCAGUCUAAAACUUCGAGAUCUUGAAACCCUUUUGAUUAUACUGAGAAAUGAAGCAGUUAGCAGCUUUACAGCAAGGUCGCCGGAGCAACAGCUUUAGAGGGUCAUCGGCGUUAGAUUCGUCGUCAGAUGGGUCUGUAAAGUCUCCGGCGACUAUUUUCUGGCUUGUGCUUCAUGGGGUUUGCUGUUUGAUCAGUUUGGUUCUGGGUUUCAGAUUUUCGCGUUUGGUGUUCUUUCUUUUGUUCACUAACUCAUCAUCUACUCCAAACAGUAUUUAUUCAGUGAACUCGUUGUUUCAUGAUCCCGGUGCUGAUGUAGCUGUUCAGAUGGAAAUGACGUCAUUUUCCGGUGUGGAAGGUCAGCUGAAUAGGACAUCGGCGGUACCGAGUAGCCGGGUGGUGGUAGGACGGCAUGGGAUAUUAAUACGGCCAUGGCCUCACCCGAAUGCGAGUGAGGUGAUGCAGGCACAUAAGAUAAUGGAGAUAGUUCAAAGGGAACAGAGAUUACUGUAUGGUGUUAAAAGUCCAAGGACUGUGAUUGCUGUAACACCAACAUAUGUGAGAACUUUUCAGACUUUGCAUCUUACAGGUGUGAUGCAUUCUUUAAUGAAUGUGCCUUACAAUGUUGUGUGGAUUGUGGUGGAAGCUGGAGGAGCUACUAAUGAGACUGCCUUGCUGAUAGCCAAAUCGGGUUUGAAGACUAUUCACAUUGGAUUACGCGAGAAGAUGCCUAUUUUGUGGGAAGAUCGCCAUAAAUUGGAGGCAAAAAUGAGACUUCGUGCAUUGAGAUAUGUGAGAGAAGAGAAGCUGGAUGGGAUAUUGAUAUUUGCUGAUGAUAGUAAUAUGCAUAGUUUAGAGAUUUUUGAUGAGAUCCAAAAAGUGAAAUGGAUUGGUGCUCUGUCAGUGGGCAUUCUUGCUCAUUCGGGUGGUGCUGAGGAGGAGAUAUCAACAGUUCAGAAAGAGGAAGAUAGGAAUUUGCAAUUGCCAGUUCAGGGUCCAGCUUGUAAUUCAUCAGAUCAUUUUGUUGGUUGGCACACCUUUGAUUCGUCUCAGUACAUGGAGAAGAGUGCCAGAUACAUUGGUGACAGGGCAGUUGUGCUGCCAAGGAAGCUUGAGUGGGCUGGCUUUGUGUUGAAUUCCAGGUUAGUCUGGAAGGAUGCUGAAGAAAAGCCUGAAUGGGUUAAGGAUUUGGAUGAUUUAAUGGGAGACAGGGAAGAUGUUGAGAACCCUUUAUCUUUGCUGAAGGAUCUUUCAAUGGUGGAACCUCUUGGAAGUUGUGGGCGCAAAGUUAUGCUGUGGUGGCUACGAGUUGAAGCACGGGCAGACAGCAAAUUUCCUGCCAGAUGGAUCAUUGACCCUCCACUAGAUGUUACUGUCCCAGCAAAACGCACACCAUGGCCGGAUGCUCCUCCAGAGCUCCCUUCUGGUGAAAAGUUGGUCACUAUGCAAGAGCAGACCGAGAAGCGCCCACCAAAAACACGAUCAAGAAAGCGUAGUUCUCGGGGAAAGAGGAAGCACACCGCAAAGAAAAUGGACGACCAACGUUCAACCAGGCAAUCAGCGGAGAACUAGUAAUAAUCAUCUGUGAAUUCAGCAAGUUUAAAGAUAGCGCUACUAUCCUUUGUCUCGUAAAUAGGAGAAGGCAUUCUUACAAUAGCAAUUAAAAUACAUACUACCUGUCCUUUAUUCAAUUAUAUCUUUGUAUUCUUUUCCACUUCUUUUCCCCCAAAAUCUUCAUCAAUUUCUUUUCUAUCCUAUUUUUUUGGUCUUUAGUCUUUUGUGUAAUUGAAUUGUUGCUCAGUUAGAAGGGUGUUAUUGUUGUCAAAGCUUUGUAUUCAUGGCUUGGAGUUUAUAUAUGUAGAUGACAACAUCUAGAGAUGAGAAAGUUUGUGCUCAAAUCUUGUUCUUUUUCAAAA